GCUGGCCGUUGCAUCCGAAUCGCGCUUCCCUCACACUCCUGUUUCUGCGGCGGGCGCUUCUAGAGCUGCGUUUACCGCUAUGCGCCGCUUUUCUCGUGUCGUUCCUCGCGCUGUCACCGCCGCUGUAGCCUCACAGCCCCGCUCUGCAGCGCCGAUCCUUCAACGUAGUUGGAUACAGCAAGGUGCGCUUCAACUUGAUUGAUCCAGCAUAGCUCGAUUGUUGACGCAUAUCGUUGGGGUGGUCUGCAGUACCCUGUAUGGCCAACGGCAAACAGUGGCAAAAGUUCUCGAGUGUGACGGACACUCAUGACGAGCACUUGUCCAUUACUCAAGAUCUUCUUGGGGUGGACGUGCAACAUCGCGAGUUUAUCACGCUGCGCUGGCAAGAUGGCAAGAGGAGCAAGUUUCACCUGCUGCAUUUGCGGACGUGGUGCCCGUGCUCGGAGUGUGGCCACCCGACUGGGCAGCGAGUUAUUAAUUGCUCCGAGGUUAACCAGGACGAGCUGGAUAUCGAAAAAGUCUUUGUCAAGGGUGACACACUCAACAUCGUUUGGAACGACCAUCACGAGUCUAGCUUCUCGUGCAAGUGGCUGCUUGAAAACAGCUACUCGGACUGGGCGCUGGACCAAUUUGCUCAUGAUAUGGCGACAACCCCGCUGGCACUUGAGGCUCCUGUCCCCUCGACGGAGUAUGAACGAAUGAUGGACACAAGUGAUGAUAAGGGUCUGUACGAGGCGCUUCGCCAGGUCGUGGAUCAUGGUUUCACUGUGAUUCGCAACACACCAUCAGUUGAAGGUGCUGUUAAAACGCUUGCAGAACGCAUUGCGCCCAUAUCGCACUCGUUCCAAUACGGUGAUGUCUUCGACGUGGUGGCGGAGCCGACGCCCGUCAAUAUCGCGUACACUACCGUGUACUUGAAGAGCCACGUGGACCUGGCAUAUUAUGAAUCUCCUCCUGGACUUCAGUUCCUGCACGCACUUCGCUUCGACGAGUCUGUCAAAGGUGGUGAGUCAACAUUCGUGGAUGUGUUUGCCGUUGCCGAGGAGUUCCGCCGCCUUCACCCAGAGCACUUCGCUACGUUCUGCCGUGUGCCUGCGACCUUCAAGAAGCAUCACCUCACUCGUGAAAAGGCAACGAUCAUGGAGUAUCAGCGCCCUCACAUCCAGCUUAACCAUCGUGACGAGGUGGUUGCUGUGCACUGGAGCCCUCCAUUCGAGGGGCCACUGAGAGUCCCGUUCGAUGCUGUCAUGCCCUACUACGACGCGUAUCGUAUCUUCCACGAACUUGUUGAAGGCGGUAAGCAUCGAUACGAGUUCCGACUUAAGCAGGGCGACACUGUGAUCUUCAACCAGCGCCGAGUUCUGCACGGAAGGAAGCAGUUUACGCCGUGCUCGGAUGGCGUGCGCCACCUUCAGGGGACGUACGUCAACAUUGACGACGCGCUCUGCCGCUACAAUGUGCUGCGUACGCGCUUCGGCGCUAACGAUCCUACCGCCAAGAACCGCCGCGUCGCCAACGGCAACUUCUCGUAGGUUUUAGCAGCUUUUUGUCAAAAGUUAACGAAAUAUCAAGUUGAUGCUGAUCUCAGAUCUGAUGCGGUGUCUGAGUAUAUGCUGAUCUGCUUUUAAAUUGUGUA